CGAUUUAACGUUUAGCAUAACAAUUACGCUUGAGAUCGUGGCAGAUAUUUUUUGUAUUAAGUAAUUAAGAUCCAUAAUAAUCUUAGGUACCUAUUACCGUACGUUCUACUCACAUCAUCCGCGAAUCGGACAUGCAACAUACUUCUGAGUCAUGAUUCAAUUCCUGAUAUUUGGUGCUUUAGUAACAAAGGGUAUUGGCGGUGAAACGGCAAUUAAUUCGUAUGGUAAUAGCUACGGCACAGAGGAUGACACCGAUGGUUUAUUGCUCAAUUAUAAUCGUGGUAUAACAAAUCAAUGGAAUCCAUGGAAUGUCAACGUCGAUAAUGUAUCACCUCCAAUCAACUUACCAUACUGGGCUAAUACUGAAAGUUACAAGAACAAUUUAAAUCCCGGUGGUAUGUUUAACAACUAUGGACUUCAUGACAAGAGUUACGUAAACGGUGGUUCAAUUCAAUCAAGUGAUGCGAUUUUACCACAAAGCGAAGUAAUUCCAAAUAUAGUAAAGCACCCGCGGCCAUUAUUUUUUCCAAAAAUAAGCAAUCCUUAUUAUAAAGAACACAGAGUUACUGACGAUUCACAGAACACACAUCAUGAUUUCUAUCACAAGAAGAUACAACCAGUCCAAAUAAUUCAUUUACCUAAUAAUAACAUCUACCCGAAUCGAGGUGAGAAGACAAAAUUAGUUAAUGAGAAUAUUAUGUUGAACAAUAACGCACAGCAAAGUGGUUUACAUUUCAAAGAUGUUGUACAAGAAUUACUUUUAAAAAAGAAAAGUCGUCCGGAUCUAGAGCAUAACCUUGAUGAGGAUAAUAAUAAUAAUCAACAUCCUUUUAAAACAGAGCAAGAGUCACCCGUAAGUGAAAGCUUUGCACGUAGUGAAAAUAAUAUCAAAUCGAAAUCGCAACACCCCGAUUCUGAAGACAUCUCUUACCCACAAUAUGGUAACAAAUAUUUAAAAGAUCCUGAAAAUUUGUCAAAAGAAGUUUACAUGCCUGUAAACAACUAUAAGCCCCAUGAAGAAGUUAAAAACAACUAUGAGCAGUUGCCAGAAAGUGAUGGAUAUAAAAAAUCAAAAUCACACGACAGAUUUGAAUCUAAUACAAAUCCGUAUAGAAAUUUGUUUUUGGAGAAAAACGAUCGCAUUCCAGCAAAUUAUCAACAACAUGACCAAAAAAUCAAUUCUAAUUAUAUUAAUCAGCCAUCUAGAAAACAGUUUUUAAAACCAUCAGGACACAGUUUAACAAAUAAUGGUUACGAACAAAAUUUAAAAGGAAACGUUCCAGAUGUUGAGGACAAAAAUUACAUUGCAUAUUUAAAACGUAUAAUCCAAGUAAUUUUUUCUAAUAAAAAAUACGUAGCGGAAUUUUUAAAGAAUGUGAAUCCAGUUAAAGAGUUCUUUGAACCAAUUUACUCUGAUUUAACGAACAAAGGUUAUGAAACGAAUAAUAACGGAAAUAUUCCAAGGCCUGGGACCAGUUAUAAUCAUCACAUCGAAGAACCUGAAAUUGAUGUCCGAACAUUAAAUAGGCCAAAAUAUACAAGAAACACUGCAUCUUCAUUAGAUUUACGCAUUCAACAACACCCUAAAAUAGGAAAUGAUGAUGAAAAUAUUUAUAAUGGAAAUAUCGAAUAUACUGUUAAUAAUAACUAUCCGCAGAUACAACGUUCUAACAGAGAUUUAACACCAAUAGAUAACAUAGCAAUACCUACAGAUUAUAGUUUUGAAUACGGUAGACACAUUGUAAAUAAUCCAGGAAACCUGGAAUACGCUAUAAAUCCUCCUGAAGAAAGAAUGAAACAAAUACAAGAUACCAAUAAGCCUAACCUUCAGCAUGGUUCAUAUACCGUCGGUACUCUAAUGGCCAUUAAGAGAGUUCCUCCACCAUAUGUACUCCCUGAGUAUAGACGCCACAACGAAGGUUUUAAGGAUGAAGUAUAAUAUGUACUUUGUAGUGUAAUUAAUAUAAACAAAUAAUAAAAUAUAAACCAGUCGACCAUAGCGUUUACUAGGUAUGUAACAUUAUGGAUAGAAUAUGUAUUAAAUUAAAUAUUUACCUACUUAUGGAUAACACCUUAAGUAAGCUUACGUUAGCAAAUAGAUGCAAGAAACAUGGGCCUUUCAGAGAGUUUUAAUGUGUUGUUGUUAAAUUAUGUAUUGUAAUAAAUGGAAUAAGCAACGAAAAAA